UCUGAACCUUUUUUUCUUGCUAAAAGUGAAGAUCGUUUGUUUAAACAUUUAUUUGAAGACUAUCAAAGAUGGGUUCGUCCAGUGGAACGCUUGAAUGACACAAUAAAAAUAAAGUUUGGCCUUGCAAUCUCUCAGCUAGUAGAUGUGGACGAGAAAAAUCAAUUGAUGACAACAAAUGUCUGGUUGAAACAGGAAUGGAUAGAUGUAAAAUUAAGGUGGAAUCCUGAAGACUAUGCUGGAAUAACAUCUAUUCGUGUCCCAUCAGAUUCUAUUUGGAUUCCAGAUAUCGUGUUGUAUGACAAUGCAGAUGGACGUUUUGAGGGAACAUCUACAAAAACUGUGGUAAAAUAUGAUGGCACCAUUGCUUGGACUCCACCAGCAAACUACAAAAGUUCUUGUACUAUCGAUGUAACCUUCUUCCCCUUUGACCUCCAAAAUUGCUCUAUGAAAUUUGGUUCCUGGACUUACGAUGGCUCACAGGUUGAUAUAAUUCUUGAAGAUUAUGAUGUUGACAAAAGAGACUUUUUUGAUAAUGGAGAAUGGGAAAUAGUGACUGCAACAGGGAGCAAAGGAAAUAGGACUGAUGGAUGCUGCUGGUAUCCUUUUGUUACAUAUUCAUUUAUAAUUAGACGUUUGCCACUUUUUUACACGUUGUUUCUCAUUAUUCCUUGUAUUGGGCUUUCGUUUCUAACUGUCCUUGUCUUCUAUCUUCCUUCAAAUGAAGGUGAAAAAAUUUCACUUUGCACUUCAGUACUAGUAUCUUUGACUGUUUUUCUUCUUGUUAUUGAAGAGAUUAUUCCAUCAUCUUCUAAAGUUAUCCCACUUAUAGGAGAGUACUUGGUGUUUACUAUGAUAUUUGUGACAUUGUCCAUUGUGAUAACUGUCUUUGCUAUCAAUAUUCAUCAUCGCUCUUCAUCUACACACAAUGCUAUGGCACCUUGGGUUCGCAAGAUAUUUCUUCACAAACUUCCCAAGCUGCUUUGCAUGAGAAGUCAUGUAGAUAGAUACUUUGCUCAGAAGGAGGAAACAGGAAAUAUGAAUGGAUCAGAAUCAUCUAGGAACACCUUGGAAGCAGCUCUAGAUUCUAUCCGAUAUAUUACAAGACAUGUUAUGAAGGAGAAUGAAGUUCGCGAGGUUGUUGAAGACUGGAAAUUUAUUGCUCAGGUGCUUGAUCGAAUGUUCUUAUGGACUUUUCUUCUGGUUUCAAUAAUUGGAUCACUUGUGUUAUUUAUUCCUGUUAUUCAUAAAUGGGCAAGUAUAAUAGUACCUACGCAUAUAGGCAGUACAAAUGCAUAA